AUGGUUCAAAUUCUUGGGCCAUUCGCCUUGGAGUUGGGGGUGGGUACAUAUGCAGUCUUUUUAUUUGCUGCGUACGUCGUGAGCGUUGCUGUUCGCCGACGAUACUUCUCCGCUAUCAGUGAUAUUCCAGGACCUUUUUUGGCCUCAUUCUCGACCUUGUGGGAGAUAUGGGAGGUCAUAGCAGGGCAUAUCGAGGUAACAGUGAUUGCGCUGCAUGAAAAGCAUGGACAUUUUGUCCGUAUCAGCCAUGAAGAAGUCAGCGUCAGCCAUCCCGAUGCCAUACGUGCUAUCCUCUUAACCCCCCUCGCCAAAAUCGAUUGGUACAAGGUUAUGGCGCUGCCAGACCACCGUUUCCAGACCCCAAUGUCAGAAGUCAACCCCAAACGCCGCGUUGAACGAGCGAAGAAUGUUGCCGCCGGGUACACACUCUCAAGCAUCAUCAAAUCCGAGCCUCAAAUCAACGAUGCAAUCGAACUUCUCGAGAAGCGCCUGGAUGAACUUGCAGAGGCCGGUCAACCCGUUGAUUUUGACAGGUGGUUCAACUACCUUGCUUUCGAUGUCAUAGGCGAGGUCACUUUCUCGCGUGCCUUCGGCUUCCUCGAGACUGCAAGCGACAUUGGCGGUUCAAUUGCAAACAGCAGAGCCCUGACCCUUUACGUUGCCAUUGCCGGCUUCUUCCUGACGGUGCAUGACGCAACUCUUGGGAACCCGUGGAUGGGAAAGCUCGGUCUAACCCCAUCACAGCAUAUCUUUGAUACUGUUUCACGCGCCGUCGCUUCCAGGAAGAAGAAUACAGAGGCAAGGACGGAUAUGAUGGAGCAUUGGAUGCAGGCUCAGGCAGCGCACCCAGAACGUUUCGGAGAGACGGAAAUCCAAGCUGUGGCUUCGGCAACUGUUGGCGCUGGAGCUGAUACUGUCAGCGCAACUCUCCAAGCAUUCUGGUAUUAUUUGUUAAGGAGUCCAGAGGACCUCGCAAGGGUGCGGGCAGAGAUAGACAAGGCCAGCGAGAAGGGGAAGCUAUCCAGGGUCGUCAGCUACGCGGAGGCGCGAGAACUACCAUUCCUUCAAGCCUGUGUCAAAGAGACAUUUAGAUUCCAUCCGGCCGUGGCACAUGGCCUCGCACGGGUAGUUCCAGAGGAGGGGUUGACGAUUGGCGACCGCGUCUUUUCUCAGGGGACUCAUCUGAGUGUCAAUCCAUGGGUCAUCCACAGGAGCACUGAGAUGUUUGGUGCCGACGCAAAUACGUUUAACCCCCAGAGAUGGCUCGAGCCGAGAGCAAAGGAUAUGGAGAAGUAUAUGGUACAAUUCGGUGCUGGCUACAACUCAUGCCCUGGCCAAAACUUGGCCCGCAUGGAAGUCUCAAAGGUCACGGCGACUUUGGUGCGAGAUUUUGAUAUUCGACAGGUAGACCCAAAGCACGAGUGGUCAUUUAAAUCCCAUUUCACGGCAGUGCCGUACGACUGGCCAUGUCAUGUCACUCGGCGCAAGGCCCUGCUGUCCAAUCUGCAAAGCAGUUUUACCUCCAGAAAGCACAAGAUGGUGGGGCUUGAUCUUGUUCACGCUUCCAAUGCCCAACUUCGAGAGCUUGGCCCUGGCUUAGUAGCUCUUUUCGUUGGUGCCACGUCUGGCAUUGGGGAACACACAGCCAAAGCCUUCGUUAAGAACGCGCUAUCCCCUCGAGUCUACAUUGUAGGCCGAAGCGAGUCUGCUGCAGAGCGCAUCAUCAAUGAAUGCAAAGAGCUCAACAAGGAUGGUAAAGUUGAGUUUUUAAAGGCAGAUGUGUCAGAGCUGGCGGAGGUCGACCGAGUAUGCGCAGAGAUUACCAAGAAGGAACCGCAUAUCAACCUCAUAGUGCAGAGCCAGGGGAACAUGAACUUACGAGGCCGUGAUGAAUCCCACGAAGGAAUCGACCGCAAGUUCACGCUUAACUACUACUCCAGAAUGCGCUUCAUCUCAAAUCUUCUCCCUCUCCUCCAAACUGCUGCCACUAAGCCGCCCCAUUUCUCACGAACACUGAGCAUACUCAGCGCAGGGUCGGAAGGCAAGCUAGACUUUGAAGACUUGGAGUUGAAGAAUACUUUCACGCGCCCCAAGUGCGCAACACAUACGACUACGAUGAACAGUCUCAUGACAGAGGAAUUCUCAAAGCGCCAGCCUGCGACGACCUUUUCACACUCGUAUCCUUCAGCUGUUAAUACCGGUCUCAUGAGGGAAUUGCCCGUAUGGGCUCGUGCGGCUGCGAAGGUUCUAUCUCCGCUCAUAGCGGUAUUCUCUGUCAGUCAAGAAGAGACGGGUGCCAGGCAGCUUUUUAUCGCUACCAGUGGCGUUUACCCACCAGCUAAGCCCCUCACGAAUGAUACGCUGGCAACCGGUGUCCCUGCCCCCAAGGGCUUGCAUACGCCUAUGUUGGGUGCCAAUACGAUCGCGGGUAGCGGUGCGUAUCUCGUCAAUUGGAAUGGCGAAGCAACGGGCAAACAGAAGUUACUAAAUGAAUAUCGAGCGGAAAAUGUCGGAGCGACGGUUUGGGAGCAUACGAUGGGUAUAUUUGAGAGAGUUGCAAAGAUUAACCAGGCUCGACAAUAA